GUAAGAAUGAUUCCGUGUCAGUGUAUUUAGAUGAGUAGCAGACAUUGUCAUUUUUCCAGGCCUUCACCUGGACGGACUUCAAAUGCAAUUGGAAAACGAACGAGAAAAAGAAAAGAGCUGCCUGUCGCGUCCAAAAUCUGCUUUCGUAGACUGCCCGAAACUAGCGGAGAGUUUGGAGGGGGGCGGAGACACGACUGCCCCGCAUCCACGGGGAGCAAAGCUCAGCUCAGCUAAGCCGUCUCGGCGCCGAGCCGCCUCACUGUUGCUUGCUGCUGCUGCUCCCUGCCGGUCAGCGGGCCUCAAGUUGACGCCAACUCACGCUCACAAUCGACUUCUCGUUCGAUCCCGAUGGAUUUGGGUUAUUUACUCGCAGAAAGUGCUCGCUCAUCCCGGUAGGCGUGUUUUUGUCUUUCUCGCCGCUGAAUCGUCCGCGGGGAUGAUUGUGGAAAACAAGUGAGCCAGCCGCCUCGUCGAGUUCCAACUGGGAGCGACGAGCAGUAAACAACCCCGGGGUGUCGACCUCUGUACCCCCGUGAACCCUCCAUUGCGUCCCGGCGAGACAGCCUUGAGAAGUGGACCUUGCGUUUGGUUUUCUCCCUCAAACUCAUCGUCUCGCCAUGGAAUAAGUUGGGCGCAGAGAAACAAACGGCGCCGAUCGAAACCAUUUCGAGUGGACAUUACAAGCCCAGGAGGAACCAGCAUGAGGAACACCGAGGAGGCGGAGGGCUCGGACGGCGAGGCCUCCAACACCAUGAUCUCCGGGGCUAAUAGCCCCUACCAGCCCACCACCGAGCCAGUCCAGGCGAGGAGUGUUUGGGGCGGCAUUCGGUGCGAUGUGGACUACCUCCAGUCUUACUUUGGCAUUUUAAAAGCAAUCGAAGUGGUGCUGUCACUCAUUGCCUUCAUCUGCAUCGAAACCAUCAUGAUGUGUUCCCCGUGCAGCGGCGUCUACUUCUUCGAGUUUGUCAGCUGCACCGCCUUUGUGGUCACCGGUGCGCUUUUGGUCAUUUUCUCUCUCAGCCUGCACACCAAAGUGCCCCACAUCAACUGGAACCUCACGGAUUUGGCCAACACGGCAGCCAGCACCUUCCUCUUCUCCUUGUCAUCGCUCGUGCUCGUGUGCAUAAACCACAACAGCGGGGCUGAAAUAGCGGCAGUGAUCUUUGGCUUCCUGGCCGCAGGUGUGUACGCCCUCAACACUUUCCUGGCGCUACGGCGGUGGCGCCGCGGCAACGGGACUCAGAGGGCGCCUCAGAGCAGCGAGUACACGCGAGCGCGCACGGCCUCUCGUGGAGAAAUGGAAGCGCGGCCCGAACUGGCGUGAAUGGAAUCCCAUCCGAACGUUCCGCCGUUAAGAGGCUCACUGAAGGAAUGGAAAGAAAAGUCGUAUCCACGUGGCGACUCCGCCGCUGGGACCUCCGACCAGGCUGGCUUGAUGGCAAACUCUGAACGUUUCCAAACGUUGCGUCUCACUGUGAAGACCCAAGUUGAGCUGCCUGAGUGACUUUUGUUUGAUGAAGACGGAUCAGGAAGACAAUUUGCUUCUUUUCUCUACUGACUCCAGCUGUCGGCCGGACAAAACUGAUAGUGUGUAUUUAAUCGCUAAAAGGGUACUUGCGUCGAUUUAUUUCAUUUUUUCUUUUUCUUAACAAACUGCUUUUUUUUUUUUUUUAUCUGUGACGUUUAGCCACUAAAAAGUUUUGCUUCGUGCAAUCGAAUAGUCUGUUUCUUUUUUUUUUUUUUUUACAACUCGAACUAAUUCCGUGCAUUUAUACUUUGACAAAAGCGUGAAGGUUGUUCCCAGUUUGUGUCUUAAUCCAUUCAAUUAGUUUUGUCAACACUGUGAGUAAAUAGCACGAGGCAGAUUUUUUUUUUUUUUUUUUGUCUCCUUUUUGCACGUCAACCACUUUAUAAAGUGACGAUGACAUACAGUAGAUCUUGGUAAAUAUCACACACAAAAUAUAAGUCCGUGGCCUGUUAGGUGCAUUUGCAAGACAAUCUGGUGUGCUUUUGUCUACCAUAGAAGGUUGCCUUAGUUUUCUUGUCUUACUUGCUCUGCUGGCGCGUGGUCAUGUUUUGCAUUCUUUGAAAUAGUUUUCAGUAGUUUGGUUCACUUCAAAUAUUUCCUAGCUGCAUAGCAUUAGUUUAAUCUUUCCUCCAGGGUCAUUCUUUGAAUGCUUUGAGGUCAAAGUGACCAAGAGUGACUGGACUGUUGCCACGCCUACUUACUUGACCGCACGGGAAAGCCCCGCUUCAAAACAAUGCGAUGCUUACUGAAUAGCGCCACCUUUUGGUCUUUUUUUCGAAAAUGUAUUGUGUGUAUGAGAGGCUUUUGAAAUGAAAACACAACCGUGCCACUAUUUUUUUGUUGUUUUUCUGCAUAGCCCAUCCAUAUAUCACUCCUGCAGCCAGAACCACUUGACAUAUUUAUUAUGCAUUGCCUUUGUUAAUUCUGUCAUUAAACUAAUCAAAGCAAA